AGACACCGAAAUCAAUCCAGUCCAUGAGGGUAGUGUCAGCACGUGUGAAGCUACCGCGCAUUAUUCCCAUAUGUGAGACAGUCGAAGAAAGAUGUGAAUUUUGCAGCAGCGCCGAUGUUGGCAGUCCAGAUCGGGAACACUUUCUUUAUAAUUACACUGAUUAGCUUGCAAUUUCUACCUCUAUCAUCCGUGAUGAAAAAACAAUUUCUGGACAGGUACAUGGUCAUAAUUGUCUAAAAGAAAGAAAAAAAACCUCUACUCAAUUCCCAGUGGUAGUGCAUCACAUCCAAACGCAACUGCUACCGAAGCAAUGUGGCAUCAUAGUAUGGACUCAUCACCGUGACAAUAAGAUCACUUGUUCACAACGGCUCUUCUGACAUACCUUCAACCUCUCCACAUAGUUAAAUCAGCGGUGUUCUCAGAGAACAUUGUCAUAUCCAUCGAUGAACAUGAUCCUUUCAAAAGGAGAAGUUCUCUGCCCUCUCAUCUCCUCACAUUUCGUGAGAUGUCUGAUGCAAUCGUUCUUCGCAAUUUUGCUUCUGAGGAUGUUACCGAAGUUUUCACCGUGUGAAUGUGGGCAUUACAGUCUGCAUUGUCCGAUUGUCAAGGAUGAUGUUGACAGGUGUGCAAGAAGCGAUUGGUAUUUGUGAGUAUGAUUUGAUUACGCAUGAUGUGCAUUUACAGUGAUAUUAUAAGACGAGAAUGUUGAUCGGUAUUACUUAUGCUGUCCAUGUCCGCAAAUGUUCUGAGGAAAUUUCAGAUUUUGCUCGUUAUUGUCAUAGGUUCUCUCACACCAGUUUAUUGGAUAAAUUCACGAACCCUUCGCAGCGAUAUUAUUGCAUUACAUUUCCUUUUCUUUUUCUUGCUUAACCAAUUCUACGUUAAUAAACGUUUUCAUAAGUUGCUUGAAAGUGUCGUUUAUGUAUACCCUCAUUUUCUGGACAACUAACUCGAAAAUGGAAAUCUUCAAGCGAAGAACUGACUAGGACAGGCUCAAAAUUUGGGUCUGGAACUGGAAAAAUUCCAGGUAUCAUACGCGUAAAGAACGAAUUUCCUGCAACAAAUGCAGGCAACAGUUUCACAAAUGGUGACGCAAUUUACAGAAGCAUUGCAGUGUGAUGAACAAUUAGGUCUGGAACAAUGAAAGAAUGAGAUGCGCUGCUUAUUACUUAGUGCUACUCAGUAUCGACGUGUUGUGCCACUUGAGACCUUGUCUUGUAACUUAGUGCGAAAUAGACGCCAGUUUUUUUACCUACUCAGUGGAUGGAGUCCAUAGAUUGCACUGUACUGAUGAAAUGUACUUCUCUGUGACUCUUUUUCCUGCCUCGAGUCGUUUCUCCAGCUUGAUGCUUUGAAUUGUCUUUUGUAACUGACACUCCCUUGCAGAUUGUGGGGGACAGGGAGUGCUCUGCGAGGUUUUUCGUAUUUGAGCGCACUUGGAAAAAUGUUGUGUGCGAACUGGGUGUCGAAGUUUAGUGGCUAGUCUUAGAUUUAAAGAGUUUGUUGUGGGUAGAAGUUGGAGCUAUGGCGGCUUCAACUUAUUCUGCCUUCUUCAUGGAGCUGCAGUCGUCCGAGCCGUUCUUCGUGAUGGCAGGGCCGAAUGUGAUAGAGUCAGCGGAGCACUGUUUGAAGAUGGCGCGCCAGAUCAAAACUGUGACAGACGAGCUGGGAUUGAAGCUGAUUUUCAAGUCUAGCUUCGACAAGGCUAAUCGGACCUCGGCGAAGUCGUUUCGAGGGCCGGGGAUGGAGGAAGGGCUGAAGGUUUUGCAGCUGGUGAAGGAGACCUGUGGCGUUCCUGUUUUGACGGACGUGCACGAUCCGAGUCAGUGCGAGACGGUGGCUAAAGUGGCGGACAUCAUCCAGAUUCCUGCAUUUCUGUGCCGGCAGACGGACCUCUUGGUAGCAGCUGCCAAGACCGGGAAAGUCAUCAACAUAAAGAAGGGCCAGUUUUGUGCUUCCUCUGUGAUGCGAAACUCUGCCGACAAGGUUCGGCUCGCAGGAAACCCCAAUGUAAUGGUGUGCGAGAGAGGCACCAUGUUCGGCUACAAUGACCUAAUUGUGGAUCCCCGGAACUUGGAGUGGAUGCGAGAAGCGGGUGCUCCCGUUGUUGCAGAUAUCACUCAUUCUCUACAACAGCCGGCUGGGCAACAGCUGGAGGGAGGAGGCGUUGCGAGCGGUGGCCUGCGCGAGCUCAUCCCCUGCAUUGCCCGGGCUUGUGUGGCCGUAGGAGUAGACGGCAUCUUCAUGGAGGUGCACGACAACCCCAGGCAGGCGCCCUGCGAUGGCCCUACGCAAUGGCCCUUGCGUAACCUUAAGAACCUGCUGGAGGAGCUCAUCGCUAUCGCCAAGGUUACCAAGGGGAAGGAGAGGAUGGCGAUUGACCUCACUCCUGUCGACGAAGACUUCUAGCUUCUACGAACCCAAUUGAGUUCUCAGCUUUGCAAUCACACUUGGAGGUGGCACUUGCAAGGUUUACUCCACAUAUGCAUUCCACUCGAUUUGGAGUCUUGAGUGCAGCCAUUGAGCAACAUCUGCAGAAUUUUGCGACGAAUUAGGGUUGUUGCUGCACAUCCCCUGCCCUCAGGUUCAAAGACUUCGGAACGUAGCGUGAAUCGUCUGCAUUGGAAGCGACUGCUCACAUUGUUGUAUCAACUUCACCCAAAACACCAUCUUUAGCGCAACUAUCUGGAAGUUCACUGUCAGUAGCCAUGAAAACAGUUCACAAGAAUAGAUGUGCGUGCGAUAAUGUUUACUUCCAUGCCCAAAUCGAAUGAGUGAACUGUUUUUGUCUCAUGAGUGUAAUACGCUGCUCUCCGAAAUCGUAAGCAGGUGACUAUUGAGCUUCGGAAAGGACGAGAAGGUGCAUGAUGAAAAUCAUCAUACAUGUCUUUAUUGGAUAAAAAUCAAUCAAGGAACAAUUCUAGCAAGUCCCUUUGAGGCA